AUGCCUGUGUUGCCCACGUCCACGAUUCCCAGCGUUGAUGCCUGGAUCGGCCUCAAGCACCUCCUGCGGAAGCUGAUGGAGGAGGACAAUGUCUUCAUACCGGCCAGUCAUCCUCACUUGCAUUAUGCCGGACGAUGGAUGCCCACCGCGAACCAACUCCGGAGAGAUGCAGCAUUUCCAGGUUCUUAUGUCGAGAUGAUGAUAGCAAACACCAGCUCUCUCUACAUAUCUCUGAACAAUCUCAACUCGGCAUCCAAACAACAGACCGAACGUCUGGAGGCAAGGGAUAUCCACCAUUCCGAGUUCCGGUUGACCAGCGCCAGAGCCUCAGACCCCGUCAGUCUCGUGGUAGCGAUCGAAGGCCAAGACACAUACUGGGUAGAAGCCGCUGGCUUGGUGGUCCCAAUUGUCAGGCAUCUUAAUUCACAGGAGACGUACAGGGUCAGACUCACAUACAUGGGAGGUCCGAAUAGCACCAGUGGAGUGCUCGAGUUUGAAGGCAUUUGGCUCGACAAAGGCACACCUGCAGAAACUAGUACAGCUUCAUCAACCUCGAACGAAACAUCCUCGCUAGCAAGACUCCUUCCUUUUGGCGAAAGCCUCGACAAACCUUCACAUAAUGAAGAGGAUGUACCAUGGCGAGGGAGGAAAGUGGUCGAGAUAGUAACGUCGGAGGGUUCGCUCUCGGCCAUGAACUAUCUGCCACCGACGUCGCAGAGUGACUUGGACGACGGAGGAGACUAUUGGUACAAGGAGCUGGACACAGUGAUCUUGGACACCACGGGAAUCGGGCUGCUGCCAACAACAGAGUCAGGAUUGAGUGUCAGGGAUCAAUUCUUCCGCGCAGGCCCUCCAGGAACCACGGCAUUUGCACGUCCCUGGAAUUUCAAGCUGUACCGGCCCUCGGUGCUGCUCCUCCAGCUCGGACUCGUGGAUUUUGCCGCCUUCUUCUCCUCUCAUGCCACGGGGAAGCCCGUCAACAAGCACGCCCUGGCCAAGUUCACCAACGAGUUCGUUGACGCGUAUGUGAAAUUGAUCCAAGCGAUCCGGGCCAAUGCGUACCCGUUCAACCCCAUGGCAACGGCGGCGACAGCGCGAGCGACGACGGGAAUGGCCAGUGACUUGGACAACGACGACUCUGACGACGACGGCAGCUACAUCUACAACUCUGCGCCGUCCACCCUCUCAAUCUUCCUGCUCACUCCGUUCUCCGCGGCGCGGCACUCGGUGACCAAGAAACUUAAGCUCGAUAGGGUCAUCUCCAACGCCAUCGCCCAGGUGGUAUCGACCGUGCAAGCCCAAGGGGACAAGUCGACGUUCUGGAUCGACACGACCGGCUGGCUUGACGCGGAGACGGAUUUUGAGACUCGUCGCCCCAGUUCGAAUUCGUCCGAGCAAUCACCACCAUUACCACCACCGUCGCCGCCAUCAUCAUCAUCUUCUUCACCGGCGAUAUCAUCUGUGCUCAACAGCGCCGGAAUGUCCAAGGUCGCAACUCUCCUCGCAGACCACCUCUGCCCGUAUAUCGCGGCACCGUCAAUGAGAUCACCCGCAGGGACGGCACCACCGGGGGAGCCGUGCCCCUUUGAUCGAUACGACAAUUACCUCGGCAACGUCUAUCUGCCCAAGGACGUCGACUUCGACCGAGCCCUCCUGGAACACAAGAUCGAGUUGAUCAAGCACAAGUUCAACUUGUAG